AUGAUUUAUUGGUGCUGCUGGAAAAUUGCAGUUUCACAUUCAAAUUUUGUCUAAUUUUCAGCAUGUUCUACUAUUUACUUUUCUUACUCUAGGCCUCAUAAUCCCAAGUUUUUCUAAAACUUAUCCGACUUAAAAUUAUGUUAAAAUAAACUUUUGACAGCCCAAAACUCUUGGAAAUGGCAGCAUUCCAGGAGGCUUCUGUUAGAUAUCUAAGAGCUAGCUCAUGGGAUCAUCUCACCAGUAUUGGGAGCAAUGAUAAGAAUCUAAACUCAGUAACUGGUCAAGACAGAGAAGCUGAUUUGGGUCAACAGAAUGAAAAAGAAAAUCAUGAUGGUAAAGCAGCACAUUUUCAAAGUGGCAUUCUGUGCACUAAUUGCAUUGACUGCUUGGAUCGUACAAAUGUUGCUCAGUACGGUUAUGGCCUUGCAGCAUUAGGCCACCACCUACAUGCAAUGGGUUUAACAGAUAAUCCUAAAGUCAACCCUGAUAGUAGCAUUGCUGCAGCUCUCAUGGAUAUAUAUAUCAGAGCAUGGGAGAUGCUCUUGCACAGCAAUAUGGACGCUCUGCUGCCCAUAAUACUGUUAUGAUUUUCUUAUUUAUAAAUCAUGUACCAAAAAGAGAGUGGAAGGAAAAGCUGAUCUUCAUACUUGUGAAUUUGUGAAAUUGUGCACCAUCCAAAUUUUCAUUAUCUAUCUCAGGUCUUUCCAGAGACGCAAGGGAAGUGGAAAGCUACGACUCAGGCUGGGGAAUUUCUUAAUUCUAUCAAGCAAUAUUACCGUAAUGCCUAUACUGACAGUGAAAAGCAAGAUGCAAUGAACCUGUAAAUUUUGAAACCUAUACUAUUUCUAAUGAUUUUACAAAUCUACCAUUGUCUUCCCUUAGUAUGGUGUUUGUGGUGUUUUUUUUUCUCUGGCCUUAGAAUGGUGGUUGACAUGC